UCUUGUUACUGUGGGAGAUUCUACGUCCCCGGAUCUCAAGGCGCAGGGACGUGACCUGCAGGUGCCAGCUAGGGCUGCGGAAGGGACGUGCGUGCAGAGCUUUCGUGCUCAGAAGACCCGUGGCUGCCAGAAGGCCGGUGUUUGCCUCUAGGUGGACAGAAGAGGGCUCCGGCAGCUCUGAGAGGGAGACUCUGGGGCAGCGGUCCUGGGAGGUCGAGGCUAAUGUGUAGAGUGUUUCGAGCAGAAUAAUAUUGGACUGAGCUCCACCAGUUCUCUCCUUAGUCCAUUCCACUCACCUUCUGUUCCAGCCAUGCUUCCAGAGUGCUCUCUGCAUCUCCAAAAGCAAAAAAACCUGAACAGAUCUUCAGGAUUGGUGUUGUUUGAGGACGUGGCUGUGGACUUCACCUGGGAGGAGUGGCAGUACCUGGAUGAUUCUCAGAGGACCCUGUACAGGGAUGUGAUGUUGGAGACCUAUAGCAGCCUGGUGUCACUGGGGCACUGCAUUACCAAACCUAAGGUGAUCUUCAAGUUGGAGCAAGGAGCAGAGCCAUGGAUGAUAGAGGAACCCCCAAACCAGACCCUCCCAGAUGUCCAGAAAGGGGAUGACCAAAUAGACAGGAGCCAAGAAAAUCAAGACAGACAUUUGUGGCAAAUUGUAAUCAUCAACAGCAAUGCAUCAACUGAGGAGAGAGUUGAAUUAGGAAAAAAAAUUAAAUUGAGCUCAAACUAUAUUUCAAAACUGAUUUUAAAUAAUGGGAACUAUUUAGGAACAAGGCCUGAGGGGUUUAACGUACCUCAAAACAUACUUCUCUCUAGGGAGCUCGAUGAGGUACGGGCUGGAGAGACACCUGAUGCCUAUCAUAUAAUCAGGAAAUUCCUCAGACGUCCUCAGCAUCUUGGUCAGCAUCACAGGAUUCAGACGCAGCAGCAGGAAUUUGAACAUUGUGGACAGGUUAAAACCUUGAACGCAGAGGCGAUAGUAUUGAAACAUGAGAGGGUUUGUGUGGGAAAGGCCUGUGAUGAUUUUUUUUUCAUUGAUGGAGAGAAAACUCAGGUGGUGAAGAAAGCUUUCUAUGAAAAGCCUAAUAUCAUUAAAAGUCAGCAAAUACACACAGGAGAGAGACCCUCUGAAUGUAUUGAAGAUAAGGACACCUUCACUAUCAAUUCAGACCCUGUAAUACAUCAGAGGGCACAGGGGAAAAACCCCUGUGCAUGUAGUUACUGUGAGAAAUCUUUCACCUGUAAGUCCUUCCUUGCCAUCCAUCAGAGAAUUCACACAGGGGAGAGGCCCUACCCAUGUAAUGAAUGUGGGAAAACCUUUCACCAGAAGUCACACCUCCGCAAACAUCGGAGAACUCACACUGGAGAUAAACCCUAUGAAUGUAAGGAAUGUGGGAAAACUUUCAAAUCCAAGGCAGCCCUCCCUGCACAUCAGAGAACUCACACAGGCGAAAAACCCUAUGAAUGUGGAGAGUGUGGGAAAACUUUCAAUCACAAGGCAGUCCUCACUGUACACCAGAGAACUCACACAGGUGAAAAACCCUACGAGUGUAGUGAGUGUGGGAAAACCUUUUACCAGAAGUCACACCUCUGCAAGCAUCAGAGAAUUCACACUGGAGAGAGACCCUAUGAAUGUAAAGAAUGUAGGAAAUCUUACAAGGAUAAGUCAAAACUCACUGAACACCAGAGAAUUCACACAGGUGAAAAACCCUAUAAAUGUGAAGAGUGUAGGAAAACUUUCAGCAAUAGAUCAGCCCUCGUUGUCCAUCAGAGAACUCACACAGGGGAAAAACCCUAUGAAUGUAAUGUGUGUGGGAAAACCUUUAGCCAGAAGGGACACGUUGGUCAACAUCAGAGAGUUCACACAAGGGAGAAACCCUAUGAGUGUAAAGAAUGUGGAAAAACAUUUUCCCACAGGUCCAGCUUCAGCAAGCACCAGUCAAAUCAUGUAAAAGAAACACCCUAAGAACAUGGGUGUGGGAAAACCUCUUGCCAGAAACCACAUCUUGCCAGGUCAACCACACUUUUAAUCUUGUAUGGCAGCGACUGGCUGCAUGUUCUCCAAAAUCCACUUUCCUUCUGGAAGCAGCCUGCAUUUCUCAUCUCCCAUUACCACAGGGGGAGCAUGUAACUGAGCUGUGCAGAAAAAUAGGGACACAAGUGAUGAAUGUUAUUUCCAGGCAUGGUGCCUAUAAAAGCUGUGCAGUCAGUCCUCCCUGGUGUCUCCUGCCCUGUGGAUCUGAUGUGAAGUUGACCACCAGGAUGUCCUUCAGAGCCGUAAACAGGAGAGUAUCACUGAUUUAAGAUAGAAGGAAAUAAUUGGCAAGACCAGAGAUCUUCCCACUUCUGCCCCAGAACUCUUGAUUUGUCCUUUUUGUGAGUGAAAAGUAAAUGCUCUUUUGAACCCUUA